AUGGGGGGCGCAGUGAGCUCGGGCCGCGACAAUGACGAGCUGAUAGAUAAUUUAAUGGGUGGAAACUAUAUACGUACACGAUGCGUCGAGAGAGUGUUCAGAGCUUUAGACCGUGCCGACUACAUGACGCCAGAGGCACGGGACCAAGCGUACAAAGAUUUGGCCUGGCGGAAUGGACCCCUUCACAUGUCAGCUCCUUGUAUUUACAGUGAAGUUAUGGAGGGGCUGGAGUUGAGACCAGGGCUCUCAUUCCUCAAUAUUGGAUCAGGUACUGGCUACCUCAGCACUCUUGUUGGACUCAUAUUAGGCUCUGGAGGAAUCAGCCAUGGUGUAGAAGCUCAUCCGAUUGUUGUGGAAUAUGCCAACAAAAAGAUGUGUCAGUUCUUAGAAAACUCACCUACUUUGGAUGAGUUUGAUUUUUGUGAACCAAAGUUCUAUUAUGGUAAUGGCUUGUGCCUCGCGCCACUGCAGGCGCCCUACGACCGCGUGUACUGCGGAGCUGGCUGCCCUGAAGAGUAUCAGAACUACUUUAAACAACUCAUUAAGGUAGGUGGUUUGCUUGUGAUGCCGUUGAACGACAACCUGCUGCAAGUGCGACGCGUGGGUGAAGCGGAGUGGGUGUCGCGCAGCUUGCUCAACGUAUCGUUCGCCUCGCUGAGGGUGCCUAGCAAGGAUGAGGCUGCGGACCUACUCAAGUUAGAGGGCUUGAACGCGCUCCACGAUUUGGACCCCGCGGACGGUGCUCACGAGAUGAACGCCCUUCUCAGUCUAGUGCUCAGCAUGGGGCAGAACAGAGUAGCGGGGGCUUUGCGUUUCGACCGGCUAGAUUCCCCCCCUCUGGACUCUACGUCAGAGGACGAGGAAGAGGAACACAGGGGCGACGGAGACGACGGCAACGACGACGACAACGGCGGCGACGGGGACGGGGGAGGGGGAGGGGGAGGGGCUGCUUCAACUAAACAGAGCUCCCCCGACCGCUCCCGACAAGAGCCGAGCAGUCGCGGCAGCACCGACGAAGACAGAACGGCCGCAAGGUCUCGUCGCGGCAUGCUCACAUUCGAAUUCCGGGACGUAGUCGAGUCAGAGAGGUCGGCAGGCGCUCAAUCUUCUUCCUCAACACCGCCUACCCCUAGCGAUAGCGCCGAUAACACAGACUCCGACAAACCUAGAACCAACGACGAGAGCCCCGCAGUCCCCGCAGAAGUGGAAAUCUACUUGGGCAAGACUAGCAACGUCCAAGCUGGACCUUCGACGACCAUGGAAUGGGAGGGCGAAGCGGAAGACGAAAGGUCUAGCGACGAGGAAACUCCUGAAGACUCCGCUAAGGAGAAGCAGGAGAAGCGGCAGAAGCUGGACAGCGGCAUCGGAGAAGAAACGACCCCUACUAGCGACUCGUCUCCUACCAAGUCGGACUCGAAGACGGACGACUCGGACGCGGAUGCUUCGCGGCCGUCUGACAGCCUCACCGAUGACGUCGAUGAUAAGAAGCCACCAAAUAAAAUUCACGUGGUCCGGACAGCAGACGAGACCCGAGCGAGAGGUGAGGGUUCGAGUCCCCGGUGUACUUAUAAAGGUAUUUCGCUUGACAUUGUGGGUUACAACACGAAGAGAUAGCGCUACUUUGUAGCCUUAGAAAUACUAGAGAAAAUUCGACACGACCAUUAAGGUCGCGGUAGAAUAAUUGGUUAGCGCAUCCACCCGGAUAACGGAAAUACUGUCAGGACCGGGUGGAUUUUCCUAGUACAAUUUUCUUUAGUUUUCCAAUAUGUUUAUUGAAGUGAAACUAUUUUUCGGUCGGGGCGUAAAUGGAAAUAUCUUAUGGGAACGAUGAUGACGUAUUUCCG